AUGUCUCCAUUCCCUUCCCUCAUUCUCCUCUUUUUCUUCACACUCCCACCUCCUUCAUUCUCAUCUUCCUCAACCUUCAUCAUCCAAGUCCAACACGAUUCAAAACCUUCCAUUUUCCCAUCUCACAGAAACUGGUACGAGUCCUCACUUUCCUCUAUCACAACCACACCCAACACUAUCAUUCACACAUACGACACCGUUUUUCAUGGCUUCUCAGCUAAGCUCUCACCUCUAGAAGCUCAAAAUCUUGAAUCACUUCCUCAUGUUAUUGCUGUUAUACCUGAACAAAUUCGAACCCUUCAUACAACUCGUUCACCGCAGUUUCUAGGCUUGAAGACCGCUGAUAGAACUGGGUUGCUCCAUGAAACGGAUUUCGGGUCGGAUCUUGUUAUUGGAGUUAUUGAUACCGGAAUCUGGCCGGAGAGGGAAAGUUUUAAUGAUCGUGAGCUUGGUCCGGUGCCGGCGAAAUGGAAAGGACAGUGUGUUGCUGGGAAGGAUUUUCCGGUGAGUGUUUGUAAUAGGAAAAUCAUCGGAGCAAAGUAUUUCUCCGGCGGGUAUGAAGCUACCAGCGGGAAGAUGAAUGAGACUAGUGAGUAUCGUUCGGUUAGAGACUCGGAUGGACAUGGAACCCACACUGCUUCCAUCGCCGCCGGGAGGUAUGUUUCUCCGGCGUCUACGUUGGGUUUUGCUAAAGGUGUUGCGGCUGGGAUGGCUCCGAAGGCUCGUCUUGCUGUUUAUAAAGUUUGCUGGAGUGGUGGUUGUUUUGACUCUGAUAUUCUUGCCGCCUUUGAUGCUGCGGUGGCGGACGGUGUCGACGUGGUUUCUCUCAGUGUCGGUGGGGUUGUUGUGCCGUACCAUCUUGACGUCAUUGCUAUCGGUGCUUUUGGAGCUUCUAAUGCCGGAGUUUUUGUCUCUGCCUCUGCCGGAAACGGUGGUCCCGGUGGGCUCACCGUCACCAAUGUAGCUCCUUGGGUGGCUACUGUCGGUGCUGGAACCAUAGAUAGAGAUUUUCCUGCAGAUGUGAAGCUUGGAAAUGGUAAGGUUAUACCUGGAGUUAGUAUCUAUGGUGGGCCGGGUCUAACUCCGGGUCGUAUGUAUCCGAUUGUGUAUGCCGGGAGUACUGAACACGGUGGCGAAGGUGGUGAUGGUUAUUCCUCUUCACUCUGUUUAGAAGGUUCUUUGGAUCCUAAGUCUGUGAGAGGAAAAAUUGUUGUUUGUGAUAGAGGCAUUAAUUCGAGAGCAGAUAAAGGCGAAGUAGUGAAAAAAUCAGGUGGAAUUGGCAUGAUUUUGGCUAAUGGAGUGUUCGACGGUGAAGGGUUAGUGGCCGAUUGCCACAUUUUACCCGCUACAUCGGUUGGUGCAAUAGGUGGCGAUGUAAUUAGAAGUUACAUCGCCUCUGCCGAAAAAUCGGUUGGAUCAGUACCGACCGCAACUAUUGUGUUUAAGGGAACUAGGCUUGGGGUUAGGCCAGCUCCUGUGGUAGCAUCAUUCUCAGCGAGAGGGCCUAACCCUGAAUCGCCCGAGAUUUUGAAACCGGAUGUUAUAGCACCUGGUUUAAACAUUCUAGCUGCCUGGCCAGACAAAGUUGGACCUUCCGGUAUCGCUUCUGAUCAUAGGAGGACCGAAUUUAACAUAUUGUCGGGUACAUCUAUGGCGUGUCCUCACGUUUCCGGUUUAGCUGCUUUGUUGAAAGCAGCUCACCCUGAUUGGAGCCCAGCUGCAAUUAAAUCAGCUCUUAUGACCACUGCUUAUACGGUCGACAACAAAGGCGAUCCAAUGUUGGAUGAAUCAAACGGUAACAUUUCAUCCGUGUUUGAUUAUGGAGCAGGACACGUUCAUCCCGAGAAAGCAUUGGAUCCUGGUUUGGUUUAUGAUAUCUCAGUUUAUGAUUACGUCGAUUUCUUGUGUAACUCAAAUUACACCACAAAGAACAUUCAAACAAUCACAAGAAAAACUGCAGAUUGUAGCAAUGCUAAAAAAGCCGGCCACGCCGGAAACUUGAAUUACCCAUCAUUAUCUGCAGUUUUUCAACAAUAUGGAAAACAUAAAAUGUCUACACAUUUCAUCAGGACUGUGACCAAUGUUGGCGACCCGAAAUCAGUUUACAAAGUAACAAUUAACCCACCAGAGGGAAUAGUGGUAACCGUAAAACCAGACAUGUUGCAUUUUCGAAGAAUUGGUCAGAAAUUGAAUUUCCUUGUUAGGGUACAAACUAGAGAAGUUAAGCUUUCACCUGGAAGUUCAUUAGUGAAAAGUGGUUCCAUAGUUUGGUUUGAUGGAAAACACACUGUCACAAGUCCUUUGGUUGUGACAAUGCAGCAACCUCUUGAUUAG